CAUCUACCAAAUCAUUGGAAUCAAAUCACCGCGACGUCACCUUCCUCGAUGCCAUAAGAUGGACCGAUCAUGUAAUAAGGUGGCUACCCUACCUAAGUACCUUGGCACGCACCCAAACGUUAAAAGAUAAGAUUGUUCGAUUAUAAUCCGGGUUAGGGUUGAUUACGUUAGUAGCCUUUUGACGCAUAGCGGCAACGCACCCACCCACGCCCCUGCAAGAAGGAGUGCACAACAUGCAAACAGAGCGCCCCGCAAGGUGGAAUCUGUUUGCUUGCCGUCGUGAACGGACCAGACCGGCCUUUGAAGUUGUCGCAACUCGAGUUGCAUCGUGUCCUGUCCUUGGUCCACUCGAGUUACAAAAAGUUCGAGGUGUACGGUACUUGUUUGCCGUCUUGGGUUCGCUUCUUGUACAUCAAUCCAGUUGCCUUCAUUUUCGUCUCGUCGUAAUUUUGACAGGGUUUUGCGUUUUAACAAUUCUUUCCUUCCUUCUUUCUUUUUGUCACUCAUUCUCACAUCAAAAGUUCAGUCGAAUUGACUCGCUCUAGUAUGCUGUGGUUGUCUCGUUUACCAUCUCGCUUCCCCAAAUAAACAAAGACAUUGGCAAUCUGCAUACAUGUCCAGAACCUGGAUGGUCUUUUCCUCAUAGGAGUGCCAACAGCAGAACAAAUAUCUGCAACAUUGCCCAUCAGGACCUCAGCCUAAAUCCCACACCCCCCUGGUCGACGUGGAGCCGCCCAAACAUGGCGGUCGGCAGUGAGCUUUCGACAACAGAGACCUUCAGCCUGCUCUCGCUAUCUGCAGCAUGUGUUGCAAUCCUCGCAAAUACAUUCCAGGGUGAUGGCGAGCCGCUCGUGGCUUCUCUCGCCCUGAGUGGCCUCGCUUUCGCUGCGAGCUUCUCCAUGAUCCGCUGGCUGGGACCUACCUUCCUCAAAGCCGGUAUCAAGGGCGCGGAUCUGAGCAAAGUUCAAAGGAGAGAGAUACCCGAGUGUAUGGGCGCUGUUUGCGCCAUCGUGUACCUGUUGAUGAUCAUUGUCUUCAUUCCAUUCCCGUUCUAUAAGGAUAUUGUGGCGGCAACAAGCGGAGGCGGCAACCGUGAUGUCGUGCUGCACACUGAGCAUGUCCAAGAGGGUCGGUUUCUUCAUCGGUUCCCUCACAACAAGCUCGCAUCUUUUCUGUCUGCGGUUAUAUCACUGCAGUCGAUCACACUUCUGGGCAUCGGUGACGACCUCUUUGAUAUAAGAUGGAGGCACAAGUUCUUCAUCCCGGCGUUUGCAGCCAUCCCACUCCUGGUCGUCUACUUUGUCGAUUUCGGCGUCACCUCAGUCGUGGUCCCCAUCCCUCUGCAGCCGUACCUUGGCGAACUGUUACACCUGGGGCCCCUUUACUACAUUUACAUGACCGCCAUCGCCAUCUUCAGUCCCAACAGCAUCAACAUCUUCGCCGGUAUCAAUGGCAUCGAAGUCUCGCAGUCCCUGGUGAUAGCUCUCCUCAUCAUCCUAAACGAUUGCCUCUACCUAUCUACGUCGUACCCCCAUCCAGCGACCGACAGCCACCUCUUCUCCCUCUACUUCCUACUCCCCUUUGUCGGCGUCAGCCUCGCCCUGCUGUACCACAACUGGUAUCCGGCCCGCGUAUUCGUCGGUGACACGUACUGUUACUUCGCCGGCAUGGUCUUUGUCGUUGUGAGCAUACUCGGCCACUUCAGCAAGACCCUUAUCCUGCUGCUGGUUCCGCAAAUCUUCAAUUUUGUCUACUCAGCACCCCAGAUCUUUGGCCUGGUCCCGUGCCCCCGCCACCGCAUGCCGCGCUUCCAUGCCCGCACCGGCCUUAUGGAGCCCUCGGUAACGCCCUGGACCCCCGAACGCCAGCCUCGCGCCCCAAUCGCCGUCGCCCUGAGGCUGAUUGCUCGCUUCCGUCUCAUACGACUGACAGAGGAUGCCGACGGCCGCUUCGUCGAGACGACCAACAUGACCAUUAUCAACUUGUGGCUGGUCUGGCGCGGACCCCUGACGGAGCGUCGCCUUGCCACUGAAUUGACCGUCGUUCAGGCUGUCGCCGGCCUUUUCGGCCUGUUUGUCCGGCACCGUCUCGCCCUGGUCGUCUUUAAGGAAGAUAACUGGAGUCUCUGAGGUGGUGCUCGCAGUGUCUGGGCAAGACGAGAUAUAUCUUGGUGAAUUACACCCUUGCUUGGGCCCUAAGCCCAGGUGUCCGGGGUAGUCAAUGUAUGUUAAUAAAUCGAAAUGUGAUUUUUACGG